AUGCAGGCGACUCAUACUUCACUAUCUUUCAUGUCCAUGUUCGUUCAUGUGCCCAAUAUUCACGAGGUUAUCAUGCGAGAGACUGAAGCCGUGGAAGUCGUGCAAUACCCCGAAAAGGGAAAUUGGUUUUCCUGUAGCUCUCUUACCCUCCAAGAAAAUUAUUUGAUUAGCGGAACAAGAACUUCGAGUUAUGGAGCAGGCUUCAGCACAGUAUCGCACGAAUUUGAAUUGCUCCAGCAAAGGCUACAGCAAACGCUUCACCACCGCCAAACUCAAGAAGUCGAAAAUAUGAAGUCGGAAUUGGAAUCAGCAGAGCAAAAAGCCCUCGAAUGCACCGGCAUAAUUAAAGAAGGUAAAUCGUGCAUCAAGGAGUUGGAGAAUCAGUUACAGAAUGCCAGUAAGAUUCGGAAAACUCAGUUAAAAGCAGCCCAAGCUGAAUUGGAUCGUUGCAAGAUGGCGGCAGCUGCUUCACAGUCUAAAUGGAAAGAACAUGCAAAUGAUGCUGACUCGCUUAAACUAGAGUUGGAGGAACUUCGAAAAUCUAUUGAAGCUACUGACAUUCAAUUAAAAGAGAAUGAGAUAACACUAGCCAAUUUACAUGAAGAUAUGAAAGUGUUGAAUGAAGCUCUGGCAGUUGAACAAGCUAAUGUACAAGAAGUCAGAAAACAAAUUGACGAAUUUAAGGUUAGUGAAGGUGAACUGCACUUGAAGAAAUUGGAACAUCGACUUUCCAAAGCAAAAGAUGACGCAAAAGAUUCCAAAAAGCGUUUUGACGCCAAGCUCGAAAAACAUGUUUGGAUAAACGAAGAUCGACACCAUUUUGGAGUAGCCGGGUCUAAUUAUGAUUUUAACGUCAUUAAUGGAGCAGAAUUGGGACAGCGCGUUCAUAAAUUGGAGGAAUCCAUGAAAAAGCUUGGCCGCCAUGUCAACAUUCGUUCCAUGACUAUGUUAACACAAGCAGAGGCGCAGUAUAAUGACUUGAUGCGGAAGAAGAGGAUUGUAGAAGAAGAUAAGGCGAAAAUUGAAAACGCAAUCCUGAAGCUGGACGAAAAGAAGAAAGAAACUCUUCAAGUGGCUUGGGAACAAGUGACCAAAGAUUUCGGUUCUAUUUUCUCUACCCUGUUACCCGGAACCAAAGCAAAGCUGCAACCACCGGACGGUCAAACCGUGCUAGACGAUCUCGAAGUUAAAGUUGCUUUUGGCGGAGUAUGGAAAGAGAGUUUAUCAGAAUUGAGUGGCGGUCAGAGAUCCUUAGUGGCUUUGUCGUUGAUUUUGGCUAUGCUAUUAUUCAAACCAGCGCCUAUCUAUAUUCUUGAUGAAGUAGACGCAGCCUUGGAUUUGUCUCACACUCAGAAUAUUGGGGUGAUGUUGAAGCAACAUUUUAAGCAGUCGCAAUUCAUCGUUGUAUCUCUGAAAGACGGUAUGUUUAACAAUGCUAAUAUUCUUUUUCGCACAAAAUUUGUUGAAGGUAUGUCUACGGUCAGUCGAUUGGCUCAGCAACAGUCAUCGACCUCUCAUGCCCGCCCAGCGGAGGAAGAGGAAACUCGGCCUAAAAAACGAAAGUAGACGAUUAUGUAUCAGAAAGCAUUUGUAAAUCGUACUUUAUCUUUUCUGAAGCGUGAACCUAUUAAGUGUAAUGCGUUCGGUAAAUAAUAAUUCUGUCAGUUACUAAAAAUGAA